AUGGCGAUCGAUCACACUAGUCUUUGUGUACCCGAAGACAAAUUCCAAGAAUGUCUCAAAUUCUACCUCGAAGCUCUCAAGCCACUUGGCUAUGAAAUUCGGCAGCAAUACGGCGAGUUCGUCGUUGGGCUGGGAUCGGUAGAUGAAGAUUUGGAGGAUUACAAACGUGCCGACUUCUGGAUCUUUGGAACAAAGACUGUCCCUGAGCGUCCUAUUCAUAUCGCAUUCACUUGCCACAGUUAUGCUACCGUUGACGCUUUCCAUGCCGCCGCAGUGAAUGCUGGUGGCAAGGACAAUGGCCGUCCCGGCUUGCGAACAUUCUACCAUCCCAAGUACUACGCCGCUUUUGUGCUUGAUCCUGCUGGAAACAACAUCGAGGCUGUUGAUCAUGAUCAUCAUUGA